CCUUGACCAUUUUUUAUCCUUGCUCACAAAUCCCUGUUGAUUGGGCCCUGAGGGGAAAGCCUUUCUUGAUUCCUUGGCUAGCAGACCUCUGUUAGGCGGACCUAAAGUGCUCCAAACCUUGUUAGGCCACCCUGUUGUUGAUGGAGGGCAGUUUAGUGAUCUUUGACGCCUAGGCUGCAUCUUGGAGUACAGGGAUUGUUUUGAAGUAAUAAAUCUCUUCUUAUGGGUUGCAAUAGGAAUACAGUUUGAUCCUGUUGCAACUUUUUUUGCCCAGGAGUCCAGGUUUUGGAAUUCCUCAAUGGCAUUUUGCCGAGGAUACCUAGGACAGCAGUUAACCGGGCUCUGAGACCGCUUUCGAUUUCGAUACCCCGAUCUAUGGUGCUGCUGGAGGGAAAUGAGUCCACGAGAAGUCCAACCCUGGUUUCUCAGAGGCCCUAUUCCAGGGAAAUGAGUCCACGAGAAGUCCAACCCUGGUUUCUCAGAGGCCCUAUUCCACGGGAGAUCCAGCCCUGGUUUCUCAGAGGUCCAUUUCCGCGGGAGAUCCAGCCCUGGUUUCUCAGAGGUCCAUUUCCGCGAGAGGACCAACCCUGGUUUCUCGGAGAUGCAGGCAAGCCAACGAAAUCCCAUGAUCUAGUUGUUAAGCUGAGAAAGGAGCUUACGUGCCGGCCAUGUUUGUGUUUGGAGAUUCAUUAGGAGAUGCAGGGAACAAUAAUUAUGUCCCACCAAGAUUGUUUGUAAUUUAAUGAUAGGGUAGAUGCCUGUAUUUGCGAGAUACGUGACAUUUACAGGGAUUCCAAUUAAUGCCAUUUAUUGCACUUGAAUUGGAAAGUAAUAUCCUGUGAAAGUGUGCUUGCUUAAGUCUGCUUUUAAGACAAACUCAAGCAAAAGUGGUGUGGUGACAGUCAGAAAUGGUUAUUAUUUCACUAACCCAACUGGCCAAUAAUCCCAAUGAGAGAGUACGCAUGUCCCCGUAACAGGAUGCUGGUCAUGUUUCUGUAUGUAGAUCAAAAUGCUGAGCCCACAGCCUCAAAUAUAAAUUACCUAACAUCAUUUGGUAAUAGUGGUCACCUCUUGGAACCUACUGUCAAUCAGUUGGGUUAUAAUAUCACAAAGGAGAACUCUUUUGCCCAAAUUUUAUGUAAAAGGUAGCUUUCAGCUUCCAAAUUACUCCUAUGCAAUUUUUUUAAUAAUCCAUUUUCAAGUUCACCUUAUUCAUCA